AUGGAACAGGUUGAUUCUGCGAGUCCAUACCCUACCCGGACCCAUACAUGUGGCGGCCUGGACCUUGUGGAUGUAGACAAGGAGGUUGUACUCAUGGGCUGGCUGGUGUCAAAAGGAAAGCUUGGGAAGAAGUUGUCUUUCUAUGGGCUGCGAGAUAGUCAUGGCACCGCACAGCUCAUCAUGGAUGCUCGAGUCCUCGGAGAAGACAACCUCGCUGCUGUGCGAGCCAUCUCUCCAGAGUCGACUGUUCUUGUGAGAGGCUUGGUGGUCGCACGUCCUGAGUCACAAAGACGGUCGGAACGCAGCGGGUCGGUCGAAGUGUCAGUCAAGUCGUUCAUACUCUUAAAUCCCGCUGGCGAGUUACCUUUCUCCCCACACGACCCCGAAAAUCUGGCGAACGAAGAUCUGCGGCUCCGUUACAGAUACCUUGACCUCCGCCGAGCGGAGCUGACCGCUAACUUGAAGAAGCGUAGCGAAGUUGCGUACCUAAUCAAGGACGAACUUCGGCAAGCAGGAUUCGGGGAGGUGGAAACACCUAUGCUGUUGAAUUCCACUCCCGAGGGUGCGCGCGAGUACCUCGUCCCCACUCGCGUCAAGCAAUCUCCAGGCGCGCCCGCCGGACCUCAGUUCUAUGCCCUCUCCCAAUCACCCCAGCAACCCAAACAACUUCUGGUUGUCUCGGGCGCCGUUGACCGGUACUAUCAGUUCGCUCGCUGUUUCAGAGACGAGGAUGGCCGGAAGGAUAGACAGCCUGAGUUCACACAAGUGGAUCUGGAGAUGGCAUGGGUCAAUUGGGGCCAUGCGACACGACGACCGGUGCGCGACGUUGUCGAGCGUGUUAUUCGCCGAGUGUGGCAUGAGAUCGAAGGUGUAGAUCUUCCAGAGCGAUUUCGAGUCAUGACCUACGACGAAGCGAUGCGCAAGUACGGUUCGGAUAAGCCCGACCUUCGUUUCGGCCUUGAGAUUAUUGACCUCACUUGCGCGGUGCCUUCUCCGCUCCGCGAAGAGCUGGUCGCCAACGGCGAGGUCAUUGAAGCUCUUGCGGUCAACGCCCACGACGAUCACCGUCCGUUCCUCGCUGUCGCUGACGACGUGGAGGUCCCUCCAGAGGUCAAGCGGUACGACGACCCAGGUUCGGAAUGGAAGCAGAUUUACAAUCUUGUCAACGGGUGUGCACUGGAACCCGGUAAGAGCGUGGUAUGGACCGCAAGGCGGCCGAAGAAACCUGACUUCCCGCUGUUCACCCGCGCGGAUGCGGACAAGGACUUCCUCGCGCACGGCCGCUGGAGCGCGACCCACCACCCGUUCACCGCCCCCAUGGCCGAGGACGUGGCCCUGCUGCGCGCGGGCGACGUCGCCGCCGUGCGCGGCCAGCACUACGACCUCGUCCUCAACGGCGUCGAGGUCGGCGGCGGUUCAGUCAGGAUCCACGACGCCGCGCUGCAGACGCACGUCAUGCGCGACGUCCUGCAGCUCACCGAGGAGGAGCUCGUGCGCUUCGGCCACCUGCUGCACGCGCUGACGUGCGGCGCGCCGCCGCACGGCUUCGAUCGUCUCAUGGCCAUGCUCUGCAAUUCGGCGUCGAUCCGGGACGUCAUCGCGUUCCCGAAGACCGCCGCUGGGACCGACUUGCUCUUCAAAAGCCCGUCUCCGUCCACCGCGGAUGUCCUCGCGCAGUAUGGAUUGAGUCCGAAAGGUUCAUCAUAG